AAAUCUCCUUCUAAAGGAUCAGACGUUCCCUUUCUCCAAUUUUCUUUUCUGGAGUACGGACAGGAGUCUCACCCAUUUCCAGUUCACCUCCAGAGCUUUCAAAAGCACACAUAAGCUUUUAGAUUUGAAGGAUUGAUUUUUUUUUUUGAAGAAAUACAAGACCCAAUUCCUUUCUUUGAAGCAAAGCAAGCGAAGAAGUGAUGGCAGGGUACAGAGCUGAAGAUGAUUACGAUUACCUCUUCAAGGUGGUGCUGAUCGGUGACUCUGGUGUGGGCAAGUCAAAUCUGCUCUCCAGGUUCACUCGGAACGAAUUUAGCUUGGAAUCUAAGUCCACUAUUGGAGUCGAGUUCGCUACUCGCAGCUUGAACGUCGAUGGCAAAGUCAUCAAGGCCCAGAUUUGGGAUACUGCUGGCCAAGAGAGGUACCGUGCCAUAACUAGUGCUUACUACAGAGGAGCAGUGGGUGCACUACUUGUGUAUGAUGUCACACGACACUCAACGUUUGAAAAUGUUGAAAGGUGGCUAAGGGAAUUGAGGGACCAUACUGAUCCCAAUAUUGUGGUCAUGCUCAUUGGUAAUAAAUCAGAUCUUCGCCACCUUGUUGCCGUCUCAACUGAAGAUGGGAAAUCCUUUGCAGAGAGAGAGUCCCUCUACUUCAUGGAAACUUCUGCUCUGGAAGCAACUAAUGUGGACAAUGCAUUUGCUGAAGUGCUUACUCAGAUCUACCGUAUUGUAAGCAAGAAGGCUAUGGAAACUGGUGAUGAAGGUGCCGCUUCAACUGUUCCAUCGAAAGGAGAGAAAAUCGACGUUAGUAAAGAUGUUUCUGCUAUGAAGAGAGUAGGGUGCUGCUCAAGCUAGGAGUUUAGUCUGAAUUCAAUUGUUACAUAGGAUGGCGCUGGUUUGUUUUUGCACCAUCUGUUUUAAUGUACACCAUUAUUAUGUAAAAUUUUCUCAAAGAUUCCCACAGUAGGAGAGCUGGGGAUUGAUUUUUACUUUGAUUUUCUUCAGAGCCUUUCGUUCGACUGUUAUUUCUAGCUGACUGAGAGCUUAAUUAGGAACAAGGUAUUACGCUGCUGCUUUUAAAAUGGUUCUGAGUGAAGUUCGAACCUGCUGCGUUAAGCUAUCUAUUUAGUUGUAUUAAUUCAUGUUUGUAAUCACAUUUUCCUGCAUUAGUUCAUAGGUAAUUGAAUUAAAUUACACUAUUGCUUUUGAAAA